AUUCAAUCUGAGAGCUAACUUUGUUUCAGCAGGAUUAGAAAAAAAAAGGGAAAGGUGACCCCAGGUCUUUAGUUACCCUCCAUGUAUAUAAGUCUGAGCUUUGGUGAUGCUCAUCCCACUUGACAGUCUAAGCGAGCCAAGGAACAAGCUCCAUCAUGGUGCAGAGAGUGGCAGUGAUCGGGGCAGGCCCCUCGGGUCUGACCAGCAUGAAGGCUUGUCUGGAUGAGGGCAUGGUGCCAACCUGCUUUGAAAGCAGCGACGACAUGGGCGGACUGUGGAAGUUCAAGGAAGUGUCAGAGCCCAACAGGGCCAGCAUCUACCGGUCCCUUACGAUCAAUAUCUCCAAGGAGAUGAUGUGCUACAGCGACUUCCCCAUCCCUGCCGACUAUCCAAAUUACAUGCACCACUCUAAAAUCUUAAAAUACUUCAGGAUGUACGCCGAACAUUUCAAACUGCUGCAACACAUUCGCUACCAGACCUCAGUGAAGAGCGUGACAAAGAGACCAGACUUUUCUCGCACCGGUCAGUGGGAGGUGAUCACUGAGAGCAGAGAUGGACAGGAGGAGAGGCACGUGUUCGAUGCAGUUAUCUGCUGCUCCGGCCACUACACCUACCCUAACCUGCCACUCAAAGACUUCCCUGGAAUUGAGACGUUUGAAGGGAAAUACUUCCACAGCUGGGACUACAAAGGUCCUGAGGACAUGCAUGGGAAGAGAGUGGUGGUCAUCGGCAUCGGUAACUCAGGUGGCGAUAUCGCUACAGAGACCAGCAGAGUGGCAGAGGAGGUGUAUCUGAGCACUCGUCGUGGCGCCUGGGUCAUCCGCCAAGUCUCUGACAACGGCCUCCCAGUGGACAUGAAGUACAACACGCGCUUCGUCCACAUCCUGUUCCAGCUUCUGCCCAUGAGGUUCUUCAACUGGUUUGGAGAGAAGAAACUCAACGCCAUGUACGACCACACCAUGUAUGCACUCAAACCCAAGCACAGGCUCUUCAGUCAGAUCCCAGUGAUUAAUGACGACCUGCCCCUAAAGAUUCUUUCUGGAUCAGUCGUGAUCAAACCAAACGUGAAGGAGAUCCGCGGCUCCACCGUGGAGUUUGAAGAUGGCAGCACUGUGGAGAAGGUGGAUACCAUUGUGUUCGCCACAGGAUACAACUAUGAUUUCCCCUAUUUUCCAAAGGAGGCUCUGUACAAGUCCGGGCACCGUGUGGGUCUGUACAAGCACGUUUUCCCUCCAAACCUGGAGCAUCCUACUCUGGCAGUUGUGGGUUUCAUUCACGCACUUGGAGCCAUCAUGCCUCAGGCUGAGAUUCAAGCCCGCUGGGUCGCUCGUGUCUUCAAAGGACUUAAAAAGCUGCCGUCAAACCAGGCCAUGAUCAAGGCUGUGGAAAACGACACUAAGGACAUUGAGAAAAACUACAUUGUUUCAAAACUGACACCCCUGCAGGUGGACUUUGUUUCAUACAUGGACGAUAUCGCUGGAGAGAUCGGGGUUCGGCCGAGUCUCCUCUGGCUCUUCUUCACAGACUUCCCACUGUUUCAGAAAGUCCUGUGGGGUCCAGUCACAGCCUACCAGUACCGGCUGAUGGGACCAGGGAGAUGGGAAGGGGCCCGCAAAGCAAUCUUCACCCAGUUUGACCGCAUGUACCAGCCCCUAAAAACCAGAAAGAUGGUGGACCAAGAGCCCACCACCGCAGGCCGCCUGGUUAAGCUCAGCUUGACCCUCGUGACCGGAGGAGCUGCCGUCUACUACUUCCACACGCGCAACCCAGACACCAUCCCCUCUCUGCUGUCCAAACUCCGUCCUCAAACAUUCUAAAUAUGCCACAUGUGUCGAGAAAUUAACUCCAGCCUCGGGCCACUAUCUUAACGUCUAAUCUAUUUAAAUACUAAACAAAACAAAAAAACAAACAAACAUAAAAACAAGAAAAAUACAAGAUAUAGUUUAAAGCAGGUGUGUCAGACUCAUUUUAAAUCAGCCCAAUUUAAUCUCAAGCAGGACAGAACAGUAAUAUAAUAGAAUAGUAACCCUAUAUAUAAAACUACAAAUAUAACAACCAAUUUUCCCUCUGUUUUACUGAAAACAAGUCCAAGUACAUUGUGAAAAUACAUGUUACAAAACAUUUUAUGGACAACCUGCAAUUUCAAAAAAAAAAAAAAGAGGAAUAGCAGAUAAUUCUAUUUGAAAAACUGCUGUUCAUGUCUUCAUUGUGAUAUUCACACUUUGAAAAGUAACCUUGUGGAUGAAGUCCAGAAGUUGACACUGAUCCUGGUUUAAAGGAAUCCUGGAUUGCAUUUUAUAUUAUUGUGCACAGAAAAUGUUGACAGGUAACUGUAACAGGACCAACCUUAAUGCUGAUGGUCAAUACAGGAAGUGAAGUUAACACUCCUCAACUCAGGUUGACAGUGGAUCUAAAAGGCCACUGUAAAUUAGUCAUAUACUGUAUGAACAUCACUGGCAGCUGAACCUGUCUGUCCUGCUUUGUUAGAGUUCAAACACAGUGAGACGCCAUGAAUGUCCAGCGUGUUCCCUGUGUGAAUAAACCAUAUAUUACACCCAA